ACUCUCCUACCUGCAUUUCUAAUCGAUCUUAACCCUUUUUCUUUCUUAAGGUCAUUAAACACGCUUCUUUAUUAUAUUUGUUCCGUAUUUCCUGCAUCAGUUUCUGUCUCUUUUAGCAUUGAUCUAGGCAGUCGACCUUUCAGUACGGAAGUUCUUUGAAAUUGCAGCAUAUUAUUCCUCUGUUGCUUCUGUCAAUUAACGAGUAUCGAGGUGGAAAUGCAGGUUACUGGACUGUAACUUCUACUGCAAAUGCUCUGGUCUGCACAGCUGCUCCACAAAUAUAGAAAUAAAUCACAAAACAUUCUCUGUUCCUUUAGGACCCUAACCUUAGCAAAUUCUCCCCAAGGUACUUCUGUUUCCAUCACUUCUGUUUCGAAAGAUGACUAUUUUGCAGCUAUCCACCACAUUUCCAACAUCAUUCGUCGUGAAGUUCAUCCAGAGCGCACUCUCAACCGCAUGAACCUUUCUGUGAACUCUGAACUUGUAUUCCGCAUACUUCGUUCCUGCUCAAACUCCCCUACAGAAUCUCUUCGCUUCUUCUCAUGGGCCCGUUCCCACUACACCCCCACCUCCGUCGAAUUUGAGGAGCUAGUCAAGAUCCUCAUUCUCCAUAGGAAGUAUGAAUCCAUGUGGAAAACCAUUCAACAAAUGCAAAAGCAGCAGCUUAGCCUUUCUUGUGAUAUCCUGUCUUUUAUCAUUGAAGAGUACGGGAAGAACGGCCUCAUAGACCAGGCUGUGGAAGUUUUCAACAAAAGCACUAAUUUAGGUUGCAAACAGACCGUUAGCGUUUACAAUUCAUUGCUCUUUGCACUUUGUGAGGUGAAGAUGUUCCAUGGAGCAUAUGCAUUAAUCCGGAGGAUGAUUAGGAAAGGUGAGUUACCAGACAAGAGGACAUACACAGUUCUGGUGAAUGGAUGGUGUUCCUCCGGGAAGAUGAAGGAAGCGCAAGACUUCUUGGAGGACAUGAGCAAGAAGGGGUUUAAUCCUCCGGUUCGAGGUCGAGAUUUGUUGAUAGAAGGUUUGUUGAAUGCAGGUUAUCUUGAAUCAGCCAAGAAAAUGGUAAGAAGAAUGACCAAGGAAGGGUUUGUGCCUGACAUUGCUACAUUUAAUUCUUUGGCGGAAACAAUCUGUAAAACUGAGGAGAUUGAUUUCUGCAUCGAUAUGUAUCAUAGUGUUUGUAAAUUGGGGCUUUGUCCGGAUAUUAAUACUUACAAAAUAUUGAUACCUGCAGCUUCAAAAGUCGGUAGGAUCGACGAGGCUUUUAGGCUUUUAAAUAAUUCAAUUGAACAAGGUUAUAAGCCAUUCCCUAGUUUGUAUGCACCUAUAAUCAAAGGCUUGUGUAGGAAAGGGCAGUUUGAUGAUGCAUUUAGCUUUUUCGGUGAGAUGAAGAUCAAGGGUCAUGCUCCAAACAGACCGGUCUAUACAAUGUUGAUAACAAUGUGUGGACGUGGAGGCAGAUUUGUAGAGGCAGCAAAUUAUUUGGUGGAGAUGACUGAGCUGGGAUUAGCACCAAUUUCAAGGUGCUUUGAUAUGGUUACGGAUGGUUUAAAGAAUUGUGGGAAGCAUGAUCUGGCUAAGAGGAUAGAGCAGUUGGAGGUUUCCUUGACAUGUUUGAUGCUGCAAUUCAGAAUUGAAGAUUAUAGCAAAUCCCAUUGUCACAAUACUUGACAGCUCAAUGUAGUUAUUAACUUCUGAAAGGCCUUUCAAGAACAAUUGUGUCAAGUCGUUCUUGCCUAGCAAAUCAGAAUAGGAGCUUAGAGUAACAUCUAACAGACGGACCGCUCCAGCAUUAACUGUUUGGUGAAAAUGUUAAUGGUAGUGUAAUGUCGAAGUAUUUUCAUGGAAGGUGUUAAGAAUUGAUGUUAUUGGGAUUAUUAUCAUUGCAAUGCUCAUGAAACUAAACUGUCAAUCUGAGUAUCUAGCUUUAUAUUGUUGGGAAUGUAACAGUCUGCAAUCACUAAACUUUAGACAAACACUUUAGGCAAAAUAGUUUUGCAAAGAUUAAACAUAAUUUCAUUAGUGCUUCAAGGCAAA